GCCCCACAUGUUAACCCCUUCCUGCCCAGUGCCAUUAGUACAGUGUUAGUGCUUUUUAUUAGCACUGAUCACUGUAUUGGUGUCACUGGGGAUGUCAGUGACACCAAGUCAGUUCCUCCCAGUGUCUGAAUUAGUUCCCCCCACAGUCCUGAUAUAAGUUGCUGAUCACCGCCAUUACUAGAAAAAAAAAAAGCCCAUUAUAUAUACCGCCAUUUGUAAACACUAUAACUUUCAUGCAAACCAAUUAAUUUACAUGUAUUGGGAUAUUU